CUCUCUCUCCCUCUCUCCAUCCCCCCUCUCUUUCUUUCUCCUUGUGCCCUCCCUGCUCGCAGUGCCCGACAAGGUACCGCUCCGGCCCUCUCCGCUUGGAUGGGCAUCGAGCCUUUUGACGGAGAGGCAUGACCAGUGGAGAUACUCCUGGCAACCGGAAGGCCACCGCCCUGAGCGAAGGAUCCUUCUAUGGCACACACCCAAGCACGGUGCCCGGUAACCCUGGACCCGGGGGCACGGGUGAUCCGCUACAAAUAGGCGAUCCUAUUCGCAAAGCGCACCAUGCGCGGCUUCUUUCGUCAGUGGAACGGUCUCAGCGUAGCUGGUUCAUGCUACAGAGCUUCCGUUUGCAAGAGGCCGUGGCUUUCUACGAGGACCAUUGCUCAUACCACCACCACGAGGCGGGCACCCGACACACCAUCCUCCGGCAGCCGGUCGGCUCGCGGCCCGUACGUACCCCCGAUGACCCUGCCGGCGGCCGACCGCACGCGGCUGGCGUCCGGGUAGAAGAUCACCCAGCUGGGGCUCCCUGUCGAAGCCCUCUGCUGUUGCUCAUGGCCGAGGAGCCAGGCUUCCCCGCCGGCGCGGAUGCUUCCCCCUCGCGAGGCAAACGCGGCCGCAUGGAUGACAGCCCCUCUCGGCGCUCGGCCACCAAACGCGUGUAUUAUGUGGCCUGUGCCUCGGCCUUCUGGCUGGGUGGCCUGCUGGCUCGGGCUGACUUGUCACGGCAUUUUUAUGAAUGGAUUCCAUCCGAUGGCUUUUGUCGACUGUACUUCGACAUCGAGUUUAGCCAGUCCAAGAACCCCCAUAUCGAUGGCCCUGCCGCCGUCCGACGUCUGAAAGCAUACAUUGUCUGGAUGUUGAACCGCCUGUAUGGACCGGUGGCCCACGAGUCGAUGUUCGUGCACUUGGAGUCGCGGGUGCGCACAUGCCCCGACUGUGCGUCGUCCCUGGAUCGGCCUCCCGAUCCGCAGGUCGAUCUGUGCCCCGGCUGCCAAGUGGCCCGGGAGCAAAAUGACAAGUUCUCUUGCCAUCUGCUGCUGGAUGUUCCCGGGACGGCGUGGCGGGACUGCUCACUGGCCCAAGGCUGUGGGGGGUUUGUUCGAUGGCUGCUGGCCGGCUUGAAGGACGCCCUGGAUGUGUACCACGCGGUGGAGGGCCUUCAGGAUGUCAGCCAGCCGACCGAUGGCGAGCCGCCGGCCGGCCGAGGAAUGGCCGCCGACAUGGCCGCCGACAUGGCCACCGAGUGCGGGCUCCCAUCCACCACUCCGGACCCCGGAGGCCAGCAUGCCUACGAAGUACUCCGGCGGCAAAUUGCCCGAGUGGGCGGCGCCUCGGCCGGCCGGGGAAUCCCCUUUUCGGCGGACUUGCGGGACGCCCUUUUGUGGGCCCCGCUGGCGCGGGACCUGACAGUGCGCGAGCGCGAUCCCCUCCCCGGGCUGGGGUGCGACAUGACCGGGCACACUUUCCUGAUAGACAUGGCGGUAUACCGGCGGAAUGGCAUCUUCCGGACGUACCUAUCCUCGAAGCUCCAAAAGCCGGCGGUGUUGCUGUCGGCCGAGGCUCCGGCCGGGGCCCGGCCAGAUUGGCAUCUCUUUCGCCGGUCGCUGGUGUCGCUGGUUUCGGUCCCCACGCCGGAGGGCGGCAUGGCCUUCCGAUCGGGCCUGGCAUUGGCGCAGGAGGCCCGGGCAUGUGCCCCGAGCCUGGGCCAGGCCCAGCCGACCUGUCCUCGCUGUCAAUGGCGCACGGUGGUCCCCUUGCCAGACGGCCGGAAGGUGGACAUCCUGAAAGCCCCGGGCGAGGCCUCCCUUCGGGACUGUGGGCAGCUGUGCCUCGAGCAUGCGGCCGCCGAUCACUGGCCAUUGACCCUGCCCUCGGGGUCGCUCAACACGCGCCCGGUGAUCCCGACGCCCGAGUCAAUGGCCGCCCUGUCGGCGAAUGUCCUCCUGGAUGUGGAGUUUGCCGGGGACGAGCAUGCCGAUGGGGCUUCCCUGUCCCGGCAGGAGGCUCUGGUGCGCACGUUCACGGUCUACUUGGAUCCUCAGCGCCGGGAAUUCCGGGACUUCUUUCGGAUCAACUCCAUGUGUCUGCCGGGUAACCGGCCGCCGCAUGGCACUGGGCAGGGCGGGGAGACCGCGGCUCCGGAGGCGUUUGUGGAACAGCUGCGCGAAUUGGGCUUCCACCAUUUCAUCGAGAGCCUCUGUGCUCGGCAUGCUCGGGCCACCGGCAGCGCCGGCGAUGCGGGUUUCCGCCUGCGGUCCAUCCAGGUGUACCCCUCACGAAUCGGGCUCUUCCGAAUCAAUAUCACCCCAAUGCCGCCCUGCCUGCAGCGGGGGCGGUGUCACCAGUCGAAUGCCGUCUACUACCUGGCGGAUUUCACGGCUGGUCGGGUUUCCCAACGCUGCUACGACCAGGAUUGCAUUGCCGAGGUCCAGGCCGGCCAGGGGACUGGCGAUGCAGCCCUCCGCGGCUGGGCCCGGGGCUGGAGGGGCUCUGAAAGCAUCCCCGAUGAGGUUGUGCCCCCCUCGGUGGAGCUUGCGUACCUGCCCGGCGACCGGGCUCUCGGGGAAAACACACACCCAACACACUAGGAUGUCUGGGCUCCUCUUUUUUCUUUUUUUUGGAAAGAGCCGAUGACAUUCGCACCCUGUGUGGGCAUGACACACUGGGAGGGUGGCAGGAGCGCGCGCGCGUGCGCGCGAGCUCAGGCCGACUCUUCCGUGAAAUCUAUCCGACGAUACCGACCUGAGGCGCGAAUAAACAUGGCAACGUCCGCCUUCCCGCAAAAUAAAAGUUCUGCCACUCCUGACUGAAGCCAAGAGCAGCCUGCAUCCCUGUGUGUGAUGUUCUCCG